AUGUCUUCCUUCUACAAGUUUGUCUCUACCUGUUCAUUGAUUAGGAGCACCUCUCGGCUGCUGAGUAGUCCCCUCUCUGCUGUAGAGUUGAAGCCACUAGAGAUGCCAGCAGAUGAGGGCCUCAGCAGCUUGGCACUCCAGCGUGCUCUGACCUCACUCAACUCUAGCUGCAGUUUCCAAACCAGCACCAUUUCAAGGGAUAUCGACAUAACCACCAAGUUCAUUGGGGCUCGGGCUGCUACAGUUGGUAUGAUUGGCUCUGGGGUUGGGGUUGAAACUCUUUUUGGGAGCCUCAUCAUUAGCUAUGCCAGGAACCCUUCCCUGAAACCACAGGUCUUCUCCCAUGUGAUUCUGGAUGUUGCCCUCUGA